AUGAGUAGUCUAAAUAUUUCAAUAGAUAUAGAUACAGAUGACAAUGACUUUGUUUGUUUAGAUCAUAGAAAAACAUUUGAAAUCAUUUGUCAUCAAUGUAAUCUAUUAUUGUGUUCAAAAUGCUCCACAGAUCAUAAUAAACAAUAUGAACACAAUAGCUUUUGUGAUCAUAUCAAUGAUAUCAAACAAUCAUUAUAUAAAUAUCAAUCACAUUCAGAGUCAUUAUUAUUAGAAAAACUAACAACUGAAAAUAAUAAUAACAAAAAUAAUAAUAGUAAAAGUAUAUUUGAAAAAAAUAGAAUAUUAGAAGUAUGGGAAACAAUCAAAUCAUCAAAUUCAUAUUUCAGAAAGUUAGAAUCAACUGAAUCAGAGAUCAAGGACCACUUUCAUCAGAUGCAUCAAUAUCUGGUUGUUGAAGAGCAACGUUAUCAGCAACCAAUCCAAGAAAGUAAAUCAAAGACACUCGAGACAAUCAAGAAUAAUAUUGAAGAGUUAAAACAUAUCGUUAAUAUCAUCAAUUUAGAAGGUAGUACCAGAUAUGAGUCCGAUAUUGAUCAAUCUAGUGACAAGAGUGAUGAAGAUGAUUAUAAUAACUCUGCAGAUACAACAGACAGCUAUUCAAUAGAAUCAAUCAUGGAGUCACUUGAUCGUAACCAUUCACUUUUAUGUUUUAUCGAAUCAAAAGAUAAAACAGUAUUCGAUAUUAGUGGGUGCAAUGGCAGGUCAUCAUACAAAGAUAUAGAGUCACUGAUUCUACAUUCAAUUCAAAUGUAUAAUCAACAGUUUAAGAAAUCAUAUGUCAAACCCAAUCCACCUCCCGACUACCAAUUGUACACUGAACCAAUCAAUACGACCAUGAUCAAACAAGUGGUAGAUCAAUCAAUCAAUCUUUCAAUUAAACAACCAUCUCACUUGAAAAAUAUAUACAGUAUACCAGGUUUUGUACAUUCACCACCGUUACUACCAGACACCCAUUUAUUCUUCGCACAUCAAGACAAAGGAGCUAUUAUCUGGGAUUUUAGAAGUAAAACUUCAAAAUACCUUCACUUUGACUUUGAUUUUACCAAUACUCAAAGUUCAAUCGUAUCAGUUGGUGAGCAUCUCUAUGUUUUUGGUGGUUCAAACAAUCUUGAUAAAUACAUGAUAAUCUCAAAAAAAACAUUAAAAGGCAAAAUACACAUGUUACCUCUUGAUGAUAGUAGCAACUCUUGGAUAUCAGCAUGCCAUGAUGGCAAGAAUCACAUAUAUCUUGUCAAGACAUUGCCAAAAUUACAAAUGAUGACUAUCACUCUCUAUGAUAUAAAAUCAAUGAAAUUUGAACAACAACACAGAUUUAUUGGUGCAAAUUCUCAAAUUAUGUCCGUUUUUUAUAAUGGAUUGUUUUAUUCGUUCUCGAAAAAUCAGGAUAACAUAUUGAUACUCGAUCCAAUCAAAGGAACACAUAAAUUCUUUAAGACACUCAAAUUUAAGGAAACACUGGCAGCAUGCACCGAUGGCGUUGGCAAUGUCUUUCUUCACUCUGAAGAAUUAUUCAUUCGUAUAAAUCUUGAUCAUAUGAAAUUAUUUACUCUUUCGCCUGUCAAAAUUAAUAGUAAAGUACAGGACAAUGCAGCCAAGCCACAAACACUUUCAAUGACCUAUUACAGAUCAUCUGACAAAGAGCACUUCAUUUUCCUUUUUGGUUCACCUUCAACUCAAAGAUAUUCAAUCGAAACAAAUACAUGGUUACCCGAUGUUUUUUCCAGUUACCAAAUAUAUAAAAACAGUCUGUGUCCUACGAUUACCUAUCAAAUUUAA